CUGUGGUUGGCCAUUUCCUGACAUCUUCCAUAGCAGAGCCUGACAUACUUUCUUCUGUGUUUUACUUCAUAUUUUGACUCCAGCAACAUUCAGCAACAAAAAUGCUUCUACUGACGACAUUGGUUUUCUGGCUUGCUGGCAUAUGUGAUGGUGUGCAGAGACUGACCUGUCCUUAUGAUCUAAAGGACGAGGACCUCCCCAGGGUGUGGUGUAAGGAGACGUCCCCACAGUGCUGUUCAGGCUUCAGCUUCAGCAGGGAGAGCCAGUCUUUGGAUGCAGGAAGGCUGAAGGUGACUCAGGGUGUUGACUCCUUCAUUGUGGAUGUCCUGGGCCUGGCCCAGGGAGAGGGAAUGUAUUGGUGCGGUGUGCUGAGCAGCAAUAAAACCAUCAUCAAACUGGCUGAGGAGUACUUCUACAGCAGCCUCAGGUUCCUACGUUUGGGACAUUCUUCGCUGGAUUCUGAUGCCUCUGCUCCCCAUGGCGAUCAUCUUUUCUUACUGUUACUUAAAAAGAAAAGACCAAAACAAGAAGGAGAUGGGAGUAUACAUGAACAUCACUAUGAUCUCAGAUCUGGCACAAAAUAAUCCACAUACUGAAGAAGAGAACUGAGCUGGAAUGAUGGACAUUGCCAAAGGACACACCAAAUGCUAAAGGGGCUUUCAAUUCUAUGCUACAAAACGAGACGGCCAUUACAGCUUACCAAUAGUUUGUCGUAGCUUUCACGAUUUUCAUAAUGGAAAAAAAAGGUAAAUGCCAUCUGUGAAGAAAUACGUUUGCAUUUAUUAGGACGAGCCAAACACAGGUUCACAUCCAGUGAAAAUAUGGAAACAUUUCAUGGGAUGAAAAUAAAUAUCAAAUCGACCUUUCUAUACAUUAUUUUCUUAUUGUACAACAUAAGCCUCAUGCGCCAAUUGGAAAUUUGCUCUUAGCAUUAUUUUUGCCUCAUGAACCACCCAUUGAAUGACAACUAUAGACAGACAUUGCAGCAGUACUUUAGAUUAAUGCAUAGUUUCAUAUUUUGAAAAAAACAUUUUGACAUUUUAAACCAACAAAUGUAAUCUAACGUGACAAGUAUAUAAUACAUCUAAAAGUCUCGUCAAGUUAAUUGUCAGUUAAUAAACACACCUUGUAACAUUGUCGAAAUAAAAGCUUCAUGUACUGUAUAUCA